CACAUCGAUCUUUCUUCAAGCAUCUGAUAAUUCCCUUUCGACAAAUUCCUAGAAAGGCUGGAAGGUCACAGACUGUCAUUCAAGCUCUUUGUACUUUCCUGCCAAAUAGCUCUGAAGAAUGGGAAAUGGGAGAAGGGAGGCGGAGAUUUUUUCCCCCCACUUUUUAGAACGUUUUAUUCAAUUAUAACACACAUAGAGAAAAAUGCACAUAAGCGUGCGGCUCACUGACUUUUCAGAAACAGAACGCACCGCGUACCCAGCACCCAGGUCCUGAAAUAGAGCAUUUCCAGCGGCCCCGGGCCGUCUCACCCCUUGCCAUUGUUACUAUUCCCGGGUUUUGUUUUGUUUUUUUGCGGUACGCGGGCCUCUCACUGUUGUGGCCUCUCCCGUUGCGGAGCACAGGCUCCGGACGCGCAGGCUCAGCGGCCAUGGCUCACGGGCCCAGCCGCUCCGCGGCAUGUGGGAUCCUCCCGGACCGGGGCACGAACCCGGGUUCCCUGCAUCGGCAGGCGGACUCUCAACCACUGCGCUACCAGGGAAGCCCCCGGGGUGGGAUUUUAAUGCCGCAAAGGCCUACUAAUCCGAUUACGUCUUUAGAAAUUUACUUUAUUCAUACUACUUAGAUAUAAUUUAGACCACGAAAACGUGAGCUAAAUCCUGUCUGCAAACGCUUAACAGUCUGAAGUCGAGCUGGGCGUAGAGGACAGGGCUCGGACGGCUAGAGGGGCAUGCAGGGCUCGCGGCCCCGCCGGGUCCUCCAGGCUCCCGGUGUGCAGCGCGGCGAUCCCGGCGUGCACCGCGGCGCGCGGAGCCGGCCCCAGGGAGCUCGGCGUGGACGCCCCGUGCGGCGGCGGGGCUGUGUGGAGUUUCCCGGGUGCUGUCGGCCGGAGGCGAAGAGGCGGGGUCGACAUGGAAGUGUGUUCCAGUUACUAACUGAUAUGAAAGAGCAGCGUAAAGAAAGUGGAAAGAAUAAACACAGUUCCGGGCAACAGAACUUGAAUACUAUCACGUAUGAAACAUUAAAAUACAUAUCAAAAACACCAUGCAGGCACCAGAGUCCUGAGAUUGUGAGAGAAUUUCUCACAGCAGUGAAAAGCCACAAGUUAACCAAAGCUGAAAAGCUUCAGCUGUUGAAUCACAGGCCAGUGACUGCUGUUGAGAUCCAGCUGAUGGUGGAGGAGAGUGAAGAACGGCUGACAGAGGAGCAGAUAGAAGCUCUGCUCCACACCGUCACAAGCAUCCUCCCUGCGGGGCCAGAGGCUGAGCAGAAGCAAAAUACCAACGAUGACGUGACAAUGGACGAAGAGGACCCAGCAUAGAAGAGCACAACUGGCCCAAGUGUCUCGUGAAGUUGAAAGGCCCAGCAGCCAUUUCCCAGACAUUCAGAGGAUUAUUUAUUUGGUUUUACCUUCUAUCCCAACAGGCCUGAUUUCCUGGUUAGUUGGGUAAACCACAAACAUAAGCCUUUCUCAAAAACAAGCUAAAAAGAAAUCCUUGUGCCUCUGAAAGAAGAAACAUGGUGGAUAGGCUGAGGUUGUCAGGGCAGAGAGCUAAAGAGAGGAAGAGUGAGUCCAAGAGGACAAUACUGUGGAACUCUCUGUGGUAAAAAUAUUUCUUCUGUGGCCUUUGCCAUGGUUGUGGGAAGGUCCCUGUACACAGCUGGUAAAAUACUUGCACUGGCUUUGAUGGGCCAUAUCCUAAUUAAUUUCAUCUGCUUCCCCAGGAGCUUCCCAAGCAGGCAUGCAGAGCACUGCUAGGAUGAGAGCUGAGUUACGAGAAUCCUGUUAGAUGGCUAAAAACUCCCGAAGCAGCAAAUAGUUGCUCUAAGUUAAAAUGAGCCACUGAACUGGGCUCACCUUAGAGGAAUCUUUUCCUUGAGAACAGCAGAGAUAAGAGAACGCCUGGACAACUCUUCAUUAGGUCUAAAGGCCCCUUUCCUCUGCUGGCCUGGGCUUUGUUUACAGCUCACUAAUUAGUCUUAAAUGGUAGGGCACCAGCUCACUCCAGUUGAAAAGAGGCACUCCAGACUGAAUGACCGUGUCACCUGCCUUUCUGAAUACCUUCAGUUUCCUGUCCUGUGACAGGCUCUGCCUGUUGAAGCCAGGUGAGCUUCAUUUGCACAAUGGGCAAAUUGUUUGCAUCUUUUAAAAAGGGCAAUUCCCUGGGGUUCCAGUGGUUAGGACUCUGCACUUUCGCUGCUGAGGGCAUGGGUUCAAUCCCUGGUCGAGGAACUAAGAUCCCACAAGGUGCAAAUUGUGGCUCGAAACAAAAAAAAAACCCAAAAUGAAGAGGGUACAGUUAUGUAGCUCUUUUUGUGGAUGGAAUAUGAAGAGCUAGAGGUUAAUUAAUAAGAAUUUGAAUUUGUUGACUGUUGCAUCAGUUUUUGAAUUUAAAAUAUUAGAAUAAUUACCAUGUGAAGAACUUGUUAAUAUUCAGGCUUUGGAGAGUUUAGUAGCCCCAGACAUGUAGUUGCCUUAGAUCCUAGGAAUAUUGUUAAAAAUUAAUUUCCCAUAUUCACUCUGCUCCCUAUUUGGGGAAGAAAAUGCCCAUAGACAUUAAUUUUUCAAAUUGGUACUCAUGUUGUAAGAUCACAUUUUCAGUGCUUCUGUUAAUUGGAUUACUUCCCACCCCUUGGAAUUCCCAGGUUAUUUCAGCCUCCCCACCACCCCUGCCAAUAGGCAGUUAUGUUCAUCUUAACCUUAUCAUCUAAAGAUCAGUUGAGAUCUGCUUACAGGCAACAUUGAAAUUAACAGGGCAUUUAUUUUUUAUUUUAUAUUUUUUAAAUUAAUUUUUAUUGGAGUAUGUUUGCUUUACAAUGUUGUGUUAGCCUCCACUGCACAACAAAAUGAAUCAGCCAUACACGUACAGGGCAUUUAUAUUUUUAUUUUUCAUUGCAGAAAGAAUUCAGUGAGAGACAAAGUGAUAGGUAAGAAGUGGAUUUAUUUAGAGAGAAACACACUCCACAGACAGAGUAUGGGUCAUCUCAGAAGGUGAUAAAGGCCCAGGGCAUUUAUUUUUAAAUCUGUCUUUUGAGUAUCAGGAAUUUUACCAGGAGCUGUUGAUUUGUCAAGGCGUGCAUGUGCUUGUAUUAUUUUUGUUGCAUUUUGACCUUGAGUGUGUUAGGUGCUUUUUCUUCAUGGAUUUAGGGCUUAAUUAGUUAAUAAUAAAUUGUUUGCAGGUGACUGCCAACUUGUGCUAUUUUUAUAAAUCUUUGAAGAGUUUGUUUCGCCAUGGAUAGGAAGAAAUGAAAUGAAAUCUGACUUAAAAGCUAACAUAUAUAUGUAUUUUUUUAAUUUUAAUUUUUUUCUUAAGUUGAAUCUAUUUAGAUCUAAAUUUUGUGUUGGAUUUCAAGAAAAUUUUAAGUUUCUUUAUUUGGGACCUGAAUUUAGCCUCUGAUUAAGUUUCUGAUUAAGUCAGACAGGCUCUAGGAGACUUAACCUUUAUAAGAAAUAUGGUCUUUGUAAUAUUCCCAUAGCAUUAGUAAUCAACAUUUCAGAAAUAAAAGGUUGUAAUUUAUACAGAAACUUAACCAGGAUCAUAUCUGGAAAGGAGAGCUGGGAGUCUAUGAGACUUGCUUUUCAUUUUAUGUCCUUCUGUAUGGCUUCAGUUUUUGACCAGGUGACUGUUUUAUUCUUUAAAAAGAAAAAAAAAAUCUGGUUAUUUCCAUGUUGUCCUUGGCCUCUGCAAAAGUUAUUAAAUGUAUAGUGGAUAGUUAAGUUAUGUCCCAAACAUGGAGACUGACACCCAGUCCAGUCACUCUGGGAGACGCAGCACUGAGGGGAUUGAUCUUUCAAGAAGGUACUGCUGAACUCUUAAAAGAUGAAGUUGACUCUCAGAGGUUUAUCCAAAUAAUUUCCUUGCCUCUUUUUGCUUAAAAGUUACUGUAUGACCACUACCACCUCAGAGGACUUGCCACUUAUUCAAGGCUUGUUCAUAAAAUAAUGGGUACUGUUUUCCUAAUCAGUCAUUGUGUAAGCAUACCAGCUCUCAAGAGCUUAUACCCUAAUGAGAGAUGAGAGGAUCAAUCCUCCCGUAUAUUCUUUGCUAAAUCAUUUUCUCCCCUGAAAUCAAUUUAUUACUGCUUGUGUAAAUGGAUCAUUUCUCAGUAAACUAUAAAACAGACCACAUACCCUGAAAAGGAUCGUCAAUCUUAUUUAAUUACACAAUGAACUAAGGGGAUAAAAGGAAGCAAAACUGCCCAGAACUGGCCAGAAAUCCUUUUACAUAUUUUAAAAAUAGAGGUAUAAUUCACAGGGACUUCCUUGGCAGUCCAGUGGAAGCUGCACUUAGCCUUCCAAUGCGGGGGGGUGUGGGUUUGUUCCCUGGUCAGGGAGCUGGGGUCCCACGUGCCUCGUGGCCAAGGGGCCAAAACAUAAAACAGAAGCAAUGUUGUAACAAGUUUAAUAAAGACUUAUAAAAGAGAAAAAUGUUCCACAUCAAAAAAAUCUUUAAAAAAAAGAUAUAAUUCAUUUACCAUAAAAUUUAUCAUUUUAAAAUAUACCACUCAGUGGUUUUGAGUAUAAUCACAAGAUUAUACAAUCAUCACUACUACCUAAUUCCAGAAUGGUUUCAUCACCCCUAAAAGAAGCCCCAUAUCCGUUAGCAGUCAUUCCCAAUUACUCAUAGUCCCUGGCAACCAGUAAUCUACUUUCUACUUUCUGUCUGUCUGUAUUUGCCUAUUUUGGACAUUUCAUGUAAAUUGAAUCAUACAGUAUAUGGCCUCUUGUAUAUGACUUCUUUCAUUUAGCAUAAUUUUUUCAAGGCUCAAAUGUGUUGUACCAUUCCUUUUUAUGGCUGAAUAAUACUUCAUUGAAUGGAUAUACCACAUUUUGUUUAUCAGUUCAUCAGUUGAUAGACAUUUGGGUUGUGUCUACUCUUUGGCUGUUAUGAAUAUGCUGCUGUGAACAUUCAUAUAUAAAUCUUCUGUGACUGUUUGCCUUUCUUGAAUAUACGUACCUAGGAGUGGAAUUGUUGGGUCGUAUGGAAACUCUGUGUUUAACUUUUUUUUUUUUAAUUAAAUUUUUGGCCAUGCCUUGUGGCAUGCGGAAUCUUAGUUCCCCAACCAGGGUUCAAACACAUGCCCCCUGCAGUGGAAGCACAGAAUCUUAACCACUGGACCACCAGGGAAGUCCCUGUGUUUAACUUUUUGAUGAACUACCAAACUGUUUUCCAUAGUACAUGUACCAUUUCAUGUUUCCACCAACAACCCAAGAUGGAAUCCAGGGAAUUCCCUGGCGGUCCAGUGGUUAGGACUCGGCGCUUUCACUGCCAUGGCCAGGGUUCAAUCCCUGGUCAGGGAACUAAGGUCCCACAAGCCGUGAAGCAUGGCCAAAAAUGAUGGAAUCCAAUCUUUUGCUUGUUAUUGUCUCUCGUUGAUUAUAGCCAGCCUAGUGUUUGUGAAGUGCUAUCUCGUGGUUUUUAUUUGUAUUUCCCUAGUAGCUCCUAAGGUUGAGCAUCUUUUCAUGUGCUUAUUGGCCACUUGUAUAUCUUAUUUGGAAAGAUGCCUAUUGAAAUGCUUUGCACCUUAAAAAAUUAAUAGAUUUUGUUUUUUCAAGGAGUUUUAUGUUUACAGAGAAAUUGAGCAGAAAGUACAGAGAGUUCCUGUAUAGUCCCUUGUCCCCACCCCUCCCAACACACAGUUUCCCCUAUUAACAUCUUGCAUUAGUGUGGUGCAUUUGUUACAGUUGAUGAGCCAGUAUUGGUACAUCGUUACUAAAAGUCCAUAGUUUACAUUAGGUUCAUUCUUUGUGAACCUAAUGUAAGUGCAGAAAGUGCAGUAAUGCAUACCUAGAAUGGGUUUUGACAAAUAUGUAAUAUAUAUAUAAUGUUAUAUGUGACAUCAUUACAGUGUCAUCAGAAUACUUUCAAUGCCCUAAAAAUACCGUAUGUUCCACCUAUUCAUCCCUCCCUCCCUUCCUCUAAAUUGUUGGCAACCACUGAUCUUUUCACUGUCUUCAUAGUUUUGCCUUUUUCAGAAUGUCGUAUAGUUGGAAUCAUACAGUAUGUAACCUUUUCAGGUUGGAUUUUUCACUUAGGUUACUCCAUGUCGUUUCAUAGCAUAACAGUUCAUUUCUUUUUAGUAUUGAAUAAUAUUCCAUUGUCUGCAUCUACCAGAUUGUUUAUCCAUUCACCUGUUGAAGGAAAUCUUGGUUACCGUCAAGUUUUGGCAAUUAUCAAAAAUAGCUGCUAUAAACAUUUGUGUGCAGGUUUAUGUGGACAGAAGUUUUUAACUCAUUUGUGUAAAUACCAAGGAGUGUGAUAGUUGGAUCAUAUGGUAAGAGUACGUUUAGCUUUAUAAGAAACUGCCAAAUUGUCUUCCAAAGUGGCUGCACCAGUUUGCAUCACCACCAGCAUGAAUGAGAGUUUCUUUUGUUCCACAUCCUCACCAGAAUUUGGUGGUGUCAGUGUUUUGGAUUUUGGUCACUCUAAUAGGUGUGCGAUAUUAUCACAUUGUUGUUUUAAUUUGCAGUUCCCUAAAGACAUAUGUUCAGCAUCUUUUCAUAUGUUUAGCAUCUUUUCAUAUGUUUAUCUGCCAUCUCUCUGUCUUUUUUGAUGAAGUGUCCCGAUCUCUUGCUCAUUUUUUCGUUAGGUUUUUGAAAUUUAAGAGGUUUUUAAAAUAUAUUUUGGAAACUAGUUCUUUAUCAAAUAUUGUGUUUUACAAAUAUUUUUCUCCCAGUCUCUGUGGCUUCUCUUUUCAUUCUCUUAACAGUAUCUUUCACAGGGCAGAAGUUUUAAUUUUAAUGAAGUCCAUCCUAUCCAUUUUUUCUUUCAUGGUUCAUGGGUUUUUUGUUUGUUUUUUUUUUUUGGCCUCACUGCGUGGCAUGUGGGAUCUUAGUUCUCUGACCAAGGAUCAAACCUGCUCCCCUUGCACUGGAAGCACAGAGUCCUAACCACUGGACCGCCAGGGAAUUCCCUCAUGGAUCAUGCUUUUGAUAUUGUACCUAAAAUGUCAUCAUGAAGCCCAAGGUCACCUAGAUUUUCUUCUGUGUUAUCUUUUGGAGUUUUAUAGUUUUGCAUUUUACAUUUAAGUCUAUGAUCCAUUUUGAGUUAAUUUUUGUAAAAAGUCUAAGACCUUUGUCUACAUUCUUUUUUUCGGGGCGGGGGGAGGGUGCUGUGCCUCAUGGCAUGUGGGAUCUUAGUUCCUCUACCAGGGAUCAAACCUGCUCUCCCUGCAGUGGUUGCGUGGAGUCUUAACCACUGGACUGCCAGGGAAGUCGCUACAUUCAUUUUUGCAUGUGAAUAUUCAGUUGCUCCAGCACCAUUUGUGGAAAAGACUAUCCUUUCUCCAUUCAGUUGCUUUUGUUCCUUUGGCAAAGAUCAGUUGAUUUUCUUUGUGUGGGUCUGUUUCUAGGCUCUAUUUUGUUCUAUUGGUCUGUUUUCUAUUCUUUCACCAGUGUCACAUUGCCUUGAUUAUUGUAGCUUUGUAUUAAAUCUUAAAGUCAUGUAGCAUCAGACUCCUAGCUUUGUUCUUCUCCUUUGCCCAUUUUUAAUUGGGUUGUUUGUCUUUAUUGUUGAAUUGUAAGAUUUCUUUAUAUAAUCUAGAUACUAGGCCCUUGACAGAUAUAUGAUAUACAGCUAUUUUCUCCCAUUUUGGGGUUGUCUUUUCACUUUCUUUAUGGUGUCCUUUGGAGCACCUAAGUUUUUAAUUUAGAUAAAAUCCAGUAUAUCUCUUUUUGGUUGUUUUUGCUUCUAAUUUUGGCCUCAUAUCUAAGAAUCCAUUGCCUAAACCAAUGUCAUAAAUAUUUGCUACUGUGUAACUUCUAAAACUUUUAUACAUUUAGGCCUUCAAUCCAUUUGAGGUUAUUUUUGUAUAUGGUGUGAGGAGGGAGUCCAGCUUCAUUCUUCUGCACAUCCAUUUAUCCUAGCACCAUUUGUUGAAACCUGUCCCUGUUCCCCGCCGCCCCCCCCCCCAAAGUAUUCUCUCCCUGAAAAGAAAGUGACUAAGUUUCAUCGGUCGGUUCCUGUGGACUACUGAGUUAUCUGUCGUUUUAGGCCCUUAUUAAAUGUUAUGUAAUCCACAGCAGCCUCUAGCCCCCUUUAGACUUCACUCUACUGUUUAGAACAGGGAUCAGCAAGCUUCAUCUGUAAAGGGCCAGAUAGUAUUUUAGCCUUUGCAGGUCAUAAAUUACCAUCACAACUACAUAAUUCUGCUGUUACAGCAUGAAAGCAGCCAUGGACAAUAUAUAGAUGAGUGGGACUGUGUUCCAGUACAACUACUUACAGAAUUGGGCAGUAAUCUGUAAUUUGCUGAUCCUUGUUUAGAUGGUUCCAGAGUGGGGAGGAGAAGGUUCCCUCUCCACCGAUAAUCUUCCUCAUGAGGUCCUCAUUGUGUUCUGUAGGACAUCUGCACUCUUCCCAUGGAUGCUUCAAGAGCUGGCAUGCUGAAUCCUGGUGUAGAUUCUACCCACUAGCAUGAUGCAGAAGUCUUAAAGUGUGUUUAGUCUUGACUGUCUUACCUGCCACACACUAUGGGGCUGGCUUGAGGAUUCUGUGUUCAGUCACAUAAGCUAUAAUUUUAGGUUCAACAAAGGUUUGUUGAGCACAUAGUAUGUGCCAGGUUCGGUGCUAUAUCCUUGGGCCAUAGAGUCAAACCUCAAGUUGCAUAUGGCUUGCAAGAUAAGACAGGUUAAUUAAUGCUUCCACUGUUUUCUCUUGAUCCAUUGUGUACCCUGUCUGUACUUAAUAUACCUAAAAUAGUCUUUCUUUACAUCAUACCCUCAGCUCAAAAACUGAAAGUCUUCCUAUGACAUUGAGAAUAAAAAAUCUAUAUGACAUGAGCAAAAUGGAGAGCUAGGAAGCUCCAACCUCUUGUUCCACAACAGAGACAUUAAAAACAACCAAAAGCUAGCUAAAGUGAGCUUGUGCGAGCUCUGGAAAACAGUCAGAGGCCUACAGUAACCAAGAAUGGCCAAUCAAGAAAAAACUACAUUCAAAAUGGUAGAAAAUUUUGUGGAAUUUUUGGUCACCCUUGUCCCCUCACCUCUGGGCAAUCUUGCUCUGGAGGAGGCAGAAGCCAGUUUCUCAGUUCCCUCCUUCAAACUGAAGGGAGCAGAGCAAACCUUAUUUGCAGUAUUCUAACUUGUCUGGGAGCUGCCUGAAGAACUAGUUUCUGUUUCCCCUAAUUGGAUCUCUGCAGGGGAACUCAAUAGAAAGUGACAAUAAUUGCUUAUAAAAUCAGUAGAAUUAGACUCACAAGACACCUAAGACAAGACAUUGUGGGUGGAGACAUACAAUAGACUAUCCAGGGCCCCAAGGAGAAAUGAGUAAGACUCUGUGUAAGACAUAUAAAAGCAAUUUGUAUAGAGAGAAAUCACAAAAGGUACACAGAUCCAGGUGAGAUGUAUGCUAAGAACACAUCUGAAGACUUAGCUUUCUACUUUGGCUGAUCCUAAGGCUCACAACAUAUCCUAAUCAGUAAACGAUUUUGCUGGCAUAGACCCAGUUUGCCAAGGCUAGGAGAGGUGGUUGUUUUUUCAAAUGCCCAAUUUUCAACAACAAAAAAAUUGCAAGGAACAGGAUAGCCUGGCCUAUUCAAAGGAAGAAAAUGAAGUGCAGGAACCUUCCCUGAAGAAACAUAGGUAUCAGACUUACUAAAUAAAGACUUUAAAAUAAAGUCUUACUAAAUAAAGACUUUAAGCUUGUCUGAAAUAAGCUUAAAGAGUUAAAGGAAGACAUACAAAGAACUAUAGGAAAUCAGGAAAAUGAUAUAUGAAUAAAAUGAGAAUAGUAACAAAUUAUAAAAAGGAAACAUUCUGGAGCUGAAAAAUACAAUAACUUAAUUGAAAAUUUCACUGAGGGUUCAACAACAGAUUUGAGAAGGCAGAAGAAAGAAUCAGCACAGGAGCAAAAAAGGAAAACAAACAGAUCCUUAGGGACUUAACAGCACAUCAACAAGAGGACCAAUAUAUGUAUAUGCAAGUACCAGAAGAAGAGAGAAAGAGGAAGAGAUUAUUUGAAGAAAUAUUGGCCAAAAACCACCCAAAUUUGUGAAGACAUGCAUCUACAAAUCAAAGAAGUUUAAAAUCCAAGUAGGAUAAAUCCAGAAAGACCCACACCAAGACACAUUGUAAUCAAACUAUAGAAAAAUAAGGACAAUGUUGAAAGCAGCAAGAGAAAGGUGACUCGUCACGUGCAAGGGAUCAUCAAUAAGAUUACCAGUUAAUUUCUCAGCAAAAACUUUGGAGGCAAGAAGGGAACAUGAUGAUGUAUUUAAAGUGCUGAAAGAAAAACAAAAAGACUUUGAACUGAGAAUUCUAUACCUGGCAAAACUAUCCCUCAAAAAUGAGAGAGAAUCACCUCACACCCAUUAGAAUAGCUACUAUAAAACAAAACAAAAUAACAAGUGUUGGGGAGGAUGUAGAGAUUGGAACCCUUAUGUACUGUUGAUGGUAAUGUAAAAUGGUGUAACAUACAGAAAACAGUAUAGCAGGACCUCAAAAAAAUAAGCAUAGAAUUAUUGUAUAAUCCAGCAAUUCCACUUCUGGGUAUAUACCCAAAGAAUUGAAAGCAGGAUCUAAAAGACUUAUUUGUACACCCAUGUUCAUAGGAGCAUUAUUCUCACUAUCCAAAAGGUGGCAGCAAAAUGAAGUGUCCAUUGACAGAUUAAUGGAUAAACAAAAUGUGAUCUAUACAUAUACCGGAAUAUAAUUCAGCCAUUAAGGAAAACCUGACACAUGCUACAGCAUGGAUGAAACUUGGGGAUAUUAUGCUAAGUGAAAUAAACCAGUCACAAAAGGACAGAUACUUUAUGGUUCCACUUAUAUGAGAUAUAGUCAAAAUCAUAAACACAAACAUAGAAUGGUGGUUUCCAUGGACCAGGGGGAGGAGAUAAUCGGUUGUUGUUUAAUGGUUAUAGAUUUCAGUUUUGCUUGCAAGUUGAAAAGAGUUCUGGAAAUUCAUUGCACAACAAUGUAAAUGUAUUUAGCGCUAAUGAACUGUACACUUAAAAAUGGUUGAGAUAGUAAAUUUUGUACUUUUCCACACACAAAAAAUACUUGUUUUAAAUAAUUUUAUUUAUAUUUGGCUGUGUUGGCUCUUCAUUGCUGCACACGGGCUUUCUCUAGUUGCAGUGAGCAGGGUCUACUCUUCGUUGUGGUGCAAGUGCUUCUCAUUGCAGUGGUUUCUCUUGUUGCAGAGCAUGGGCUCUAGGUGUGUGGGCUUCAGUAGUUGUGGCACACAGGCUCAGUACUUGUGGCUUGCGGGCUCUAGGGUGCAGGCUCAGUAGUUGUGGUGCACGGGCUUAGUUGCUCCACGGCGUGUGGGAUCUUCCUGGACCAGGGAUCAAACCCUUGUCCUCUGCAGUGGCAGGCGGAUUCUUAACCACUGCGCCACCUGGGAAGUCCAAAAAAAUACUUUUAUUGAGGGAGAAAUUAUGAGUUUCCUAGGUGAACAAAAGCUGAGGGCGUUCAUUACCACUAGACCUGCCUUAAAAGAAAUGCUCAAGGGAGUCCUUCAGGUUGAAAUGAAAGGACUCUGAAUAGUAACUCGAAGUCAUGUGAAGAUAUAAAGAUCUUCAGUAAAGGUAAAUACAUGGACAGAUAUAAAAACCAGUAUUAUAAUUUUUUUCAUAACUUCAUUUUUUAUUCUUUCACAGGAUUUAAAAGAGAAAAGCAUAAAAAAUUAUCAAUCUAUGUUAAAUGGUACCCAUUAUAUAAAGAUGUAAUUUGUGACAUCAAUAACAUAAAGGGGGAGGGCAGAGCUGUAAAAGAGAGUGUUUUUAUAUGAGAUUUAAGAUGUUUGUAUCAAUAAAAAAUAGAUUGUUAUAACUUUAGGAUUUUAUAUAUAAUCACCAAGAUAAGCACAAAGAAAACAUCCAGAAUAUACACAAAAGGAAAUGAGAAGGGAAUUCAAACAUGUCACAAAAAAUCAACAAAACAAAAAGGAAGACAGUAAUGGAAGAAAUGAGAGACAAAAAGGGUAUUAAACAUAUAGAAAGCAAAUAACAAAAUGGCAAAAGUUGUAUUUCCCUAUCAGUAAUUACUUUAAAUGGAUUAAACUCCCCAAUCAAAAAUCAUAGAUGGGGCUUCCCUGGUGGCACAGUGGUUGAGAAUCUGCCUGCCAAUGCAGGGGACACGGGUUCGAGCCCUGGUCUGGGAAGAUCCCACAUGCCGCGGAGCAACUAGGCCCGUGAGCCCCAACUACUGAGCCUGCGCAUCUGGAGCCUGUGCCCCGCAACGAGAGGCCGCGAUAGUGAAAGGUCCGCGGCACCACGCUGAAGAGUGGUCCCCGCACCGCGAUAAAGAGUGGCCCCCCACUUGCCGCAACUAGAGAAAGCCCUCGCACGAAACGAAGACCCAACACAGCCAAAAAUAAAUAAAUAAAUAAAAAUUCUUUAAAAAAAAUCAUAGAUGGGCAAAAUAUAUUCGAAAAACAUGACCCAACUAUAUGCUCUCUACAAGAGACUCACUUAAGAUCUAAGGACAUAAAUAGGUUGGAAAUGAAAGGAUCAAAAAAGAUAUUUCAUGCAAAUAGUAACCAAAAGAGAGUGGGAGUGAAUAUACUAAUAAGACAAAAUAGACUUUAAAAAGAUUAUGAGACAAAGAUAUUAUAAAAAGUUUAAUACAGCAAGAAAAUAUAAUAGUUUAAAACAUUUAUGUAUGUAAUAAGACCACCAAAAUAUUUGAAAUAAAAAUUGACAGAAUUGAAGGGAGAAAUAGAUAGCUCCACAAUAAUAGUAGGAAAUUUCAAUACCUCUUUCAAUAAUGCAAGAACAACCAGGCAGAAUCAAUAAGGAAAUAAAGGACCUGAACAAUACUAUUACCACCUGGAACUAACAGACUUACAGACACUCUACCCAACAACAGCAGAAUACACUUUUCUCAAGUGCACAUGGAACAUUCUCCGGAACAGACCAUACAUUAGGCCACAAAACAAGUCAAUACAUUCAAAGCUGUUGAAAUUACAGUUGGCCUUGAACAGCAUGAGUUUGAACUGUGUGGGUCCACUUAUAUGUAGAUUUUUUUCAAUAAACACGUUGGAAAAUUUUUUUGAGAUUUGCAACAAUUUGAAAAAACUUGUGGAUGAACUGCAAAGCCUGGAAAUAUUGAAAAUUUUAAGAAAAAAGUAUGUCAUAGACAUUUCUCCAAAGGAGAUAUACAAAUGUUCCAUAAGUUUGUAAAAAGAUGCUGGACAUUUCUAGUCAUUAGGGAAAUGCAAAUCAGAACCACUAAGAGAUCCACAUCAGUUAGGGUGGCUAUUAUAAAAUAAAACAAAAUAACAAGUGUUGGUGAAGAUAUGGAGGAAUUAGACUCUUUGUGCAUUGUUUGUGGGAAUGUAAAACGGUUCAUUCACUGUGGAAAACAGUAUGGUAGUUCCUCAAAACAUUAAACGUGGAGUUAUCAUAUGAUCCAGCAAUUCCACUUCUGGGUACAUACCCCAGAGAAUUGAAAGCAGGAACUUGAACAAAUAUUUGUAUACCCAUGUUCAUAGCAGUAUUAUUUUCAAUAACCAAAAAGUAGAAAGAACCCCAAUGUCUGUUGAUGGAUAAGUGGAUAAACAACAUGUGAAUAUAUAUAAAAAUCUAAGCAUUUAACCCUAGCAUUCUAGGUCCUUCCCAAUCUGGUUCCCAAUAAAAUUUCCAACUUUAUUAGUCUCCUGUACAACCCUCUGUUCCAGCUGAAUGGAUCCACUCAUUCAUUUACUGAACACGUUUUUGAGUGUCUACCAUGCAAGGCAGUGAAGGUACGAUGUGACUCUGUCAUCCAGAGCCCCUGCCUUCAGAAAGCUUUAUGUUCUAGGGGAAGAGAUGCUAACUGAUCAGUUUCAUAAUUCAUUAUUUCAUUAUAACUACAGUUGGAAUUAGAAGUGAGAAUGAGCUAAGAGAGCCUAUAACAGAGAACGUGACCUAGUCUGGUAGAAUCAGGAAAGGUUCUCUGAGAAAGGAAUGUUUGGACUUGAAGGAUGAGUAAAAGUUAGUGAAAGAAAGAACAUUCCUUGAAAAUAUUCUUUGUUUUCCUAUCCCUAUGUUUUUGUGAAUACUGUGCCAUCUGCUUAUACUACAUUACUUCUUCAGGUAUCCAAGUUGUAACUCAAGAUUUGGCUCAUACCCGCCAUUCUCCAGAACACCCUUCCUGAGCUCUUGCAUGUUGAUAAUAGUAUGUGCUCUUUAUAUCUGAAAGUCAAUUUUCCUGGAUACAAAGUCCUUGAGUCACAUUUUCUUUUCCUUGAAUUUAAAAUAUUCAGUUACUCUUAUUUUCUUCUGGCAUCAAGCACUUACGUUAAAAAGUCUGACAGUAUCCUCAUUUUGUUUCUUGUAUAAGCCACUUGCUUUUCUUUCUUCUUUUUUCUUUUUUUUUUGCCUAGAUGCUCAAAGGAUUUUUUUUAUCUCCUGAAAGUCUGGUGAAUUUACUAGAAUAUGUCUUGGCAGUGGUUGUUUGAGUCAAGUAUUCUUAGAUGCGUAUGGUGUAUAUAUAGUUUCAGAUAUUUUUUUCUUCAAUUUGGGAACAUUUCUGGAAUGUUUUACAUACUUUCUUGAUUUUGUACAUAUUUUAUACCAAGAUAUAUACACCUUGAUUUUUUAUUUAUUUUCUUGAUUUUGCCCCCCCACCCCCUUUUUUUUCUUUUUUUCCGCGGUACGCGGGCCUCUCACUGUUGUGGCCUCUCCCGUUGCGGAGCACAGGCUCCGGAUGCGCAGGCUCAGCGGCCAUGGCUCACGGGCCCAGCCGCUCCGCGGCAUGUGGGAUCUUCCCGGACCGGGGCACGAACCCGUGUCCCCUGCAUCGGCAGGCGGACUCUCAACCACUGCGCCACCAGGGAAGCCCUAUUUUCUUGAUUUUUAUAUUUAUUCUGUUCAUUUGCUUCAUUCUCUGCUGCAGAAACUUCUAUAUUCUGUAUUAGUUCUUUGCCUAUCUUCCAUAUUUGUCAUUUUCAUUCAGAUCAUUUUGCUCUCUUCUAUGAUUUCUUUUUUUUAAAAAAUAAAUUUGUUUAUUUUAUUUUUGACCGCACUGGGUUUUCAUUGCUGCACGUGGGCUUUCUCUAGUGUGGGGAGCGGGCUCUACUCUUCGUUGUGGUGUGCAGGCUUCUCAUUGUGGUGGCUUCUCUUGUUGCAGAGCAUGGGCUCUAGGCAUGUGGGCUUCAGUAGUUGUGGCACAUGGGCUUCGUAGUUAUGGCACGCAGGCUGUAGAGUACAGGCUCAGUAGUUGUGGUGCACGGGCUUAGUUGCUCCACGGCAUGUGGGAUCUUCCCAAAGCUGGGCUCAAACCCGUGUCCCCUGCAUUGGCAGUUCUUAACCACUGCACCACCAGUGAAGCCCUCUUCUAUGAUUUCUUUAAAAAAUUUCCUCCUAUUUUCCUUAAGACAUUUUUUUUAAUUGCAUUUAUUUGGUCUUAUGUUUCUUCUAAUUUAGUCUUCAUUUUUUCCCCUUCUAAUUUUUACUCUGAGUAAAGUAAAACUCUUAUUUAUGAGUUUUUGUAACUUUAUUUACUGUGGUUCAUUCAUGUCAUGUAUCAUUUCUUAUUAAUUUUUAGCUGGUUUUAAAAUAGUAGGUUGCAAUUUGAGCUGUUUCGUGUGCAUGUAUUUCUGGUGUGCUCAUUAGCUUAUAGAAAUGUUAUACUCUUUUUUUUUUUUAAUAAUAACCUUGUAUGAAAUUUGACCCCAAUAAUUUUCUGCUGUUUAUUUUAUAUGAAAUUACUUUUCUGGAACUUUUAGAAGGAGUUGUGUGGUUCAGGAUGGUUUUACAAACUUCACAAACGUCCCUCUUUUGUUGUUUUCAUAUAAUAUUUAAAAAUAUGGUGGCUUGCUGACUCUGUUCCCCUCCCACUCUUUUUUUUAGACCAAGGAUUGGCAAAGGCCACCUGUUUUUUUGUAAAUAAGGUUUUAUUAGACCACAGCCCUGCUCAUUCAUUUACAUAUGUUUAUGGCUGCUCUCAGGCCAAAUCUGCAAAAUUGAGGAGUUGCAACAUGGACCGUGUAGCCUACAAGUCAAAAAUAUUAUGGUCUAGCCCUUUAAGGCCCUGAUUUAGACCUCUUCUUUCUUUGUCUCUCUAUUGUCCCUGUUUUGCUCAAUUUUGACUUUCUUUGUCUCUCUAUUGUCCCUGUAUUGCUCAAUUUUGACUUUAUCCCUCACAGUGUCUUCUCACUGUGAGGUACUGUCAAGGAAGCCAGUCAGUUUAGAGAGUUCAAAGGGACCCACACUGCUUCAGACCUUAGUACCCCUUACAUUUAAAAAAUUGUGGUAAAAUAUACAUAUAACAUAAAAUUUAUCAUUUUAACCAUUUUUAGUUUAACAAUUCAGUAUAUUCACAGUGUUGUGCAAUCAUCACCACUGUAUAUUUUCAGAACUUUUUUAUCACCCCAAACUAAAACUCUGUACCCAUUAAACAGUAAUUCCCCAUUCCCCCUCUUUCUCUAGCCCCUGGUAACCUCUAUUCUACUUUCUGUCUCUAUGAAUUUGCCUAUUCUAAGCACUUAAUGUCCUUCAGUGUCUGCUUUAUUCUACUAAGCAUAAUGUUUUCAAGAUCAUCCAUGUUGUAGUAGGUAUCAGAAUUUUGUUCCUUUUUAUGACUGAAUAAUAUUCCAUUGUAUGUAUAUAUCACAUUUUGUUGAUCCAUUCAUUUAUUGAUGGACACUUCAGUUGUUUCUGCCUUUGAACAUUGGUGUACAAAUAUCUGUCUGAGUCCCUGCUUUCAAUUCUUUUGAGUAUAUAUCUAGAAGUGGAAUUGCUGGAUUAUACAGUAAUUCUAUUUUAACUUUUUUUGUUGUUUGUGCGUGUGUGUGUCUUUUUUUUUUUUUUGGUUGCACUGUGCUUGCAGAAUCUCAGUCCCCCGACCAGGGAUUGAACCCGGGCCAUGGCAGGGAAAGCCUGGAAUCCUAACCAUUAGGCCACCCGAGAACUCCCUGUUUUUAACUUUUUGAAGAACUGUCACAGUGGCUUUUCCAUUUUUCCACAGUGGCAGCACCAUUUUAUAUUCCCACCAGCAGUGCACUUGGAUUCCAGUUUCUCUACAUCCUUGGCCAACAUUUGUGUUUUUCAGUUCUGCUUUUGUUUUAGUAACAGCCAUCCUCAGGAGUAUUAAGCGUCAUCUCAUUGUGGUUUUGAUUUGCAUUUCCCUAAUGAUUAGUGAUGUUGAGUAUCUUUUCAUGUGCUUAUUGAGCACUUGUGUUUCUUCUUUGGAUAUAUGUCUAUUUGAGUCCUUUGAAUUGUAUUUGUUGUUGAGUUGCAGAAGUUCAGUUCUUUAUGUAUUUUGGGUAUUAAUUCCUUAUCAGAUAUAUGAUUUGCAAAUAUUUACUCCCAUUUGUGUGUUAUCUUUUCACUCUCUUGAUAGUGUCCUUUGAUUGUUUUCCCUUUUAGAAUUAAUAAAUAAUUUAUGGAGAGAUAUUUUAAGAUUAUGUAAAUACCUCUUCCUCAUCAGACUUUCACUCACUAAUUCAAGCAUCUACCAGUGAUUCUUUCCUGAAUCAAUGGCUACUAUUUUUGCACACCAACCAUGUUCCAGAUACUGCGCUAGGUGCCUACCAUGCAUUAUCCCUAUGUCAUAGAUGAGGAAACUGAAGCUGAAUAGGUGAAAUAACAGUGUAAGGACUCCUAGCAAGCAGUAGAAAUGGGAGUAGACUCAGGACUGUCUGCUCCAGAGCUAGAGCUCAUGUGCUAGAGCUUGGGAAGCAAGCGUUAGCUGGAAACUUGGGGCUCCAAGCAUCACGUCUAUUGAGCUAGCCUGUUUUUGAUGCUCCUUCCUUGUGUUUCCCAAACACCCGCGACCUUGAGAGGGGGAAGGACAGGCAGACUUCAGGGCUAUGGGCUGUGACGUGCUGGGUGUGUUCUGCAGUCAGGAACCAAUCCCCUGAUAGAGUACCAGCUACCCAGACUGAUCUGCUUACAGUUUAUUGGGUCACUGUGUAUCUGCAGUGUUCUGCAGGUAUGGUUGAGUCAGUAGCUGGGCUCACAGAACCAGAAGUCCCAAGUUGUCCUUUCAAUGAUAGGGGUGGGGGAGGUGGUCUUAGUAACCUGGCAGGUUCUGGGUUAAACACUCCCCCUCUUUCCUCCUCUGGGGCCUUAGCUGGGAGGAACAGAACAUAGGCAGGGUGGAGUCCUGGGGCAGGGAGCCAGAGCCCUGAGUCAUAGGGAAACCAAGGAGUCAGGGUGAGGGCACCCUGUUGAGCCAGAAAACCUAGAGGAAAGCCAUGAUCUGACUGCUGGGAGGAGGGAGAAGUCAGCACAUGCAGGUGAGGUCACAGGAGGGAUCACAGUCAGAAAUGGAGCCAAGAACAAGCUCCACUGGGUCAGGAUCACAUGAGGUUGGUAUAGGAGAUGCUGAACCUGUGUCUGGAGAUCUCCACUGUGGGAGGCUUAUUCUCCAGGGCUGACAGUGGCCUAAGCCACACAAGGCCAGGUGUGUGCAUUAGUCACAGGUGCCUUAUUGGAUCAGGCUUCGUGGUGGACAUUCACCUCUCCAGCUACAAUUGGGCAUCUCCAAUAGGCCCCAUACCCACCUCCACUGCCUGGGAUUCAGCCUCUGUAUCCUAUCACCUAGCUCAGCUCCUCAUCUGCUGUGAUUACUCAGUCAGACCCCAACCCUCUCUUGGAUGAAAACUGCAUUCUUCAUGAGCUUGACUCUCAGACACUUCCCGUGUACUGGCAUUUUUUUGUUUUGUUUGUUUUUGUUUUUUUAACCAUCCAGAAAUAAUUCCAAGCUUACAAAAAGUUGCAAAAAUAAAAGCAGCACAAUAUAAAAAUAUGCAUUUUUCCCCCAAACCAUCUUAAAGUGAGUUAAAUACAUCAUGACUCUUGACACCUAAAUACUAUAUAAUUAAUUAUUGCUAGUGUUUUCUCCCUUACAAUGAAUAAGCAGUGCUGGGAGACCAUGCAAAUUUUCCUUAACAAAAUUGCCCCCUAGAUUGAGCAUCCCCUGAUUCUUCCCUAAUCCAGUCUUUACCGCAAUGGUUAAAAAACGGGUUUGCUGACUCCAGCACUUCCUCCACAUCUUCCAUUCUGCCCUCAAAACCCCAUUUUUUCAAAAGUGCUGCCUUACUUCCUGGGUGGGGUUCCAAGCCUAUCUUGUACCAGGCCUGGACUCAGUCAUUUCAGCGAGGAGCAUGACUCCUUGUAGUGGUGAAGGUAUCAGAGAUCAAGUUCAGAGAACUGGGUGUCCUCAUUGCUACUGGAGUGCCUUUGCUUCCUGGCUCUUUCAAUGGACAGAGCUAGGAAAUAUAUGCUUGUGUAUGCACAUGUACAUACAUACACAUAUUUGCAUAUUCAUACAUAUGUAUAAUAUCAACAUGCAUAUACGUAUUUUAGAAAUCAUGAAUUUACACUGAUACCUCCUCACAGAGUUAUUUCUUGCUUUGCCCACUCUGUAUUUAUAUGUCCCUCCCUCAGUAAGAAUCCUGGCUCCCAACCGUAUCAACAUAUUUGCUCAAUCCUAUAUUACAUCUAAAGUGGUUUAUUACAUCCAAGAUGGUUUCUGAAUUGCUUUGCCCACACCAUUACAAACAGCAGACCUACCAAAAGGAGUUCAGGAUUUGUUUCCAAUUCUUCCCCCUCCCGCCACACCCCUGCCCCCAGUUGAGGGUAUGUAGUCAAAUACUGUGUUAAGUUACUUGAGUUGAUUCUUCUUUUCUUUUUAGUGUGGUUAUGGUGCUUAUUUGAUUAUUUCCAUUGUUUCAGUUUGCUUUCAGUUUUAACUUACCUCCUUUCCAUUCUUAUUGAUUUAAUUUUAUUUUUGAAUGUGUGACAUAUUACCAUACUUUCAAAAGUCAAAUCUAUAAAAAAAGGUAUGCUCAGAGGACUAUCACUUCCACCUAUUCUCUUCCGCCCCUUGUAGGUAACCAAUGACAUUGUUUCCUGAUUUAUCCUUCUUGUGUUUUAUUUCGUAAUGAUAAUCAGUUAUACGUAUAUUUUUCUUAUUUUCCCUUCACUCUCGAGCAAAAGUUAGCAUACUAUAUAUGUGUGAUAUAAUAAGAAAUAUAUUUGGUCUUUGUUCCCAGUUCCUUGCACAGAGCUCCUGAGACCCUUGAGAUUUCCUGAGUGAUGGGAUUAUCUUUAGUUACUCAUAAGGAGCCCAUUUUUUUGAGCACACCUGAGUUUAUGCUAAUGAGAUGAUAUAGUGUGGAGCCCCUAGAUAGCUUCAGGAUGGGGCUGGUCACCAGAAAGACCACGUGAUUAGAAGGUUGGAACUUUCAGCCAUGCCCACCAACCAGCCCUCCUUCUAGCAGUUGUUCUGGCCAGAGCCCACCUGGAUCACACAUGAGCCAGGAUAAGAGGCCUGAACAGUUUGGGGCUCUAACUCAGCCUCUGGUUACCAGGAAUGGGAGAGAACCUUACAGUCCAUCAGGAACUUUCUUGGCACUGACAGUGUGGGAACAGCGGUGAAGGCUAUAAACAAUGUCUUGGAGAAUGAGGGUUGGGGCAGCCCCAUGAGGUAUCUUGGGUAAAGGACAACUACGAUUGGGCUGUUCUGAGUGGCUGAAUCCUGUCUAUACUUUUGUGCAAGAACAUACACCUCACAUGCCCUUUAAUACUCUCUCUGGUUUUCAGCCUCCUUUGAGUGACCUGGCCCUUGCUCUUGGAAGCCAUGCUGGUGAGUGCCUAGCAGGAGUACAAGCCCUAGGCCAGAUGAAUCCAGGUUCUGCUGUUUACUUGUUGCAGGACCUUGAAAUUACUUAACUUCCUUAUCUUUCCAUCUAUGAAAUGUGAAUAAUCAGAGUAACUACCUCCUGGGAUAUUAGCGGGGGUGUUAUCAAAUGAAAUCGUGUUCACAGAGGGCUAAUGCAUUCCUGGCAGAGUCAGUGUCCAGCAAAUAUUAGCUUUCUGAGUUUAUGUCUUGGUUCAUUUCUGGCUUUGUGCCCCAAGUUCUUCUUGGCUUUCCUGUGGUCCUUAGUGUUAGCCUCAUCCUUGGUGUCAGCAUCCUUGAGUCCAGAUGGGAAUGGGGAGCAGUCAGUCUCUCAAUCUGUCCUGUCCUCUGGGUCAAGGCUUUAAAAAAAUUUUUUUUAACUAAAACUCACAGCAAAAUAUACAGUUAAUAUCAGCAUAUGGACAUAUAUACAUAUAUAUGUAACUGAAACCAAAGUUUUAUGAAACAGUCCUUAUCUUUACUAUGUACAAUGUUCUUUUAUAAUUUUCUCUUCUAUUGUAUUCUAGUCUGUCCUUUUAAACAAAUAUGUUGAUUAUGCCUCCAUGCAAUCUUAUGACUCACUAAUGGGUUAGCACCCAUAGUUUGAAAAGCAUUGCUGAGAACUCUUCUGUCUCUGUCUUCAAAUAGGGAAUUAAAAAAUGAGAAGAAAGGCUUCCCUGGUGGCACAGUGGUUGAGAGUCCACCUGCCGAUGCCGGGGACACGGGUUCGUGCCCCGGUCCGGGAAGAACCCACAAGCUGUGGAGCGACUAGGCCCGUGAGCCAUGGCUGCUGAGCCUGCACAUCCGGAGCCUGUGCUCCGCAACAGGAGAGGCCACAGCAGUGAGAGAGGCCCGCGUACCGCCAAAAAAAAAGAAAAAGAAAAAAAGUCAAUAGAAAAAAUAUAUAUAAGAACAAAAAAUAUAUAUUUCCUCCAAGUAGAUUUAAUUAAUUCAACAGACCUAUAGUAGGAUAUAUAAUUGUUUCACCAUUACUCCUUCCCUUCCCUGCAAGGUGAUUAUAUAUACCUUCUUGCUAAGUGGUCCAUUGUGAGGUUUGGCCAUGUUACUUCUUAUGGCUUUUGGCAAGUGAGCAGGAAUGACUCAUAUAAUGUCUGAGCAGAAACUUUAAAAGCAAAAAAUUGCAUAGUUUGGCUUGGUCUCUAGUGAUUUUGCCCUCUGCUAUGAGAAAAGUGUGUUUCAGAUAGGUCUGUUCCUUUGGGCUGGGUCCCAGAGUGAGAAAGUACACAGAUCCAAAGUGCAGCCUAUCCUCAGCCCUCAUGUAACAUGAAAAACAAAUAUUUGUUGUUAUAAGCCACUGAGAUUUGGGGUUGUUUGUUCCUGCAGCAAAAGCUGACUAUUCCAAGAAGCAACUUAAUGAAAAAAAAAAAAGAGAAAAAACCCAAAGCGUUCUUUUGAACAUUUAAACAAUACAAAAAUAUAUAAAGUAAAACAUAAAGUUCCCUUUCACCAACUCCCUGCUCCUUCAGGAGUCAUCAUUGGUAACAUUUUGGUGCAUGUCCUUUCAGAGAAGGAAAUUUUUGAAAUGGUUGUUUUCUAAUCUUAAUGAGAUAAAAUUAGUACACGAUUUCCCAUAUCGUGUUUUAUCGCCUGUUUAUUUACAACAUAUGGCUGCUUUCACACUAAAAUAGCAGAGUUGAGUAUUGCAACAGAGACGGUAAUGCCUAACAUAUUUACUGUCUGGCCCUUCACAGAAGAAAUGUGCUGACCCUUGACCUAAGUUUACCAAAUGUUGACAUUUGGCAUUUUGUAACUUUUGUUUUUAUUUCUCUCUCUUUUAUAUAUGGAUUUUUCCCCUAAACUAUUUAAAAUAAAGUGUAGAUAUCGUGACACUUUAUAUAUUUCAGUAUGUAUUUCCUAAGAAUAAGUGUACUCUUAUACAUAACCUGUCAACUCUAAUUUAAAUAUAAUAGCCAGUUAUUUUACUAGCAAAAGUGAGUUUAUUUGGGAAUAGCAGAGGAAUUGAAAUUUGGGAUAUGUGAACCAUGGUGGACAACAGGCAAGUCCAGAGAAUAAGGAAGGGAGACUUGCUUUUAUAGGGAAAAGCAGGGAAUUGUGAAGGGCUUGUGAUAACCAAAGAGUCCAUUGGAGGAAGCUGGUAGGUCAAAGUAUGGAGCGUUCUCACAGGUUGGGCUACUACAGUCUCUAAUUGCCUGGGUUGUCAUGGGUGGAGAGAAGUUUUCUUCUUGUGCUGGAUAGUAAAGUAGAGGCAUCUUCCUGUCAGAGAUGUAGGUAUAUAUCUCUUCCUGUUUGGAGCAAUCAAUGAUGCGUGGUGGGGCAUGAGAGCUUCCCCUACAGGCCUGUCCCAACUCCAGUUUUAGCUGAGGUUUCUUUAAUUGUUUCCACAUUUCCCCCUUUUGAUCAAAAUCUUUCCUGGAAAGCAUUGCUGAUCAAGAGUCAGGAUCUCUGCACGUAGUGGUUUGUCCCUCAGUGCCAGGAAGGAUCUUCCCUGGUUGUUAUGUCCCAUGUGGGAGGGAAGUACACAAAUCAGAAACCUCUUGAGUCUCUAUUUGAGUAACAAGGAAAGGUGGUAGGAAGAACUCUCAGGCAUUUCUUGUUUAAAGUCCAUAUUUAGUCAAGGUUGUAAGUGCUAGAAAUUACCUCAAAGUGCUGAACUAGCUCAUCUUAUUAGGCAUGUCAUUUUUGCAAAGGUUCAACAAGCAAUAGGUACAGAACUUAACCAACAGGACCACAGAUCAUUAUAAAAUGAUACUUAAUUAUCUUUUUGAUCAAAGUAACAAAGAUUUCAAAGACAAAUAGAAAAUGUUACAUAGUUGUAAGGGAGACUUAGCUCUUUUAAUAUUGAGAAGAUUUCUUAACUAAUCAGAGACUUGACUAAGACAACAUGAAGCACAGGAAAUAAUUUUGGUAAAAUAGAAAUCUCUGUUUUCUAAGCCGAUUACUUAAAGGUAAGGAAAAACCUUUCACAAUUUUUUGUCAGGAGUAGAUCAAUAUUCCAAGAAAAUCUUGUUCUUUUAGCAAAUGAAAGAAAAUUGUUUUAGUUUUAUAUAAGUACACCACUGAUUUUAAAGCUUAGUCUCAAAACCUUUAUAAUCUUCACCAGCUUGACCACACAUAAAGUUUCUUUUUUCAAAGAUUCUUUUUCCACAAAUCUUCUACAACUUACUAUUUCCAUUUAGCUUUGUCCUGUCUUUCCUCUUUCCUAUUCUGAAACAAUCAGCCUUAUUUUAGGACAAAAUUACUUUCUUUCCCUCAACAAAAUUUCCAUUCCUCAUACCUUUUAAUGCCAAAAGCACAUAUUCUUCUUUCCUUGCAUACAGAGUUAUUUUCCCUUAUUAUUCCUAGUAACUUCACUAGAACGGUCUGUUAUUGACAAAUUUCUGCAUACAUUUCAUAAUUCCUAAAAGCAUGUUUUCCCCACAGUAAAAUUUCCAAAAUAUGGCAUGCUUACCAAUAGAUCCAACUAUCUUUAAUUCCUUUGUAAAGGAAGCCCAAAGUGAAUGAACCCAUUUUUAGUAAUGUUUCAGUAUUUUAUCUUACUUGGGAAUGAUGUAGAUAUUUAAUGAUUACCCAUCAUUUAACAUAGCAAAACUGUAAGAUUCCAAGUUACCAAAAAGAUUUGGGGAAGCUACCUAAAAGCAUUACUUAUAAACCUUUAUCUCAUUCACAUCCAAUUUACUUGUUUUCAACAGUCAUGUUUAGAUCACUCACAAAACUUUUUAUCAUACCAAGUUAUUUUUCUUGCUGACAAAUUUUGUAACAAAGAUAACAUGAACUUAUCUGACCAGUAAGCUCAGGUAGAAUAAAAAUGGUAUGCCUGCAUUAUUUUCAGUGUUGAUAACUCCAAAGAUAUGCCUAUUUUAAUUAAAUCCCAAACUAGCUUUCAUUCACCAACAUUAAUCUCAGAUCAUGUAAACCUGAAAAGCACCUGGUCCAGUCUCUGUUAUAUUUUAACUCAUAUAAGUGCUUGUUUGUUUUUAAACCAAUUAAAUAGAGCUCUUUUAUAAAUUAAUUUUAGCAAUACCAUCUACAGGUAGAAAAGGAAAAAACAAAACCCACACAUCUAUAACACAUAUAUACACAUAGACACAAAUGAAAAUACAGACAGAUGCAAACAGGAACCUUCUAGGUUUGUUUUAAAUUUUAGCCGUGUCUCAGAUACAAACUCAAAAGAAUAGUUAGAUCCAAAUUGUGUCUCUGGCAUGCUGUAAGAAUGCUUUUAGAGCUGUUUAUGGGUGGAGUCAAUUUGUCUUUUAGAAGCUUCUGCAUACCAAUCAAAGAAUGCAUUUUAUUGUCUCCCUAGGAGUUUGGAGUUCUCUCUUUUAAGGGUGCUCCGUAAGUUGGACUUUUUUUUUUUUUUUUUUGCGGUACGCGGGCCUCUCACUGUUGGGGCCUCUCCCGUUGUGGAGCACAGGCUCCGGACGCGCAGGCUCAGCGGCCAUGGCUCAUGGGCCUAGCCGCUCUGCAGCAUGUGGGAUCUUCCCAGACCGGGGCACGAACCCGUGACCCCUGCAUCGGCAGGCGGACUCUCAACCACUGCGCCACCAGUGAAGCCCUGGACUUAUUUAAAACAAGGUUCCCCCUUUUGAACAGGGUGGGGUGACUUACCAAAAAGCUUCAACAGACAGACAAACAGAAAGCAACUUUUCUCCUAUUUUCAAAAAUCUAGGGCAGUUGAUAUUUAAAUCCUUCCUUCUAGUUGUUUAUUUGCUCCAGAUAACUUAGAAACAGUAACUAGGGGUUUAGCAUUUGGAUCCUCAGAGGGUUCGAUUUUAAAGGGGCUGGUUUUCCCAGAGGAAAGAGGAAAGUGUCAUUGGGGGUGGGGCCAGAGCACAAGGUGGAGUCUGAGACAAAGGGGGCAGAGAAGACACACAAGAUGGCCCCGAGACAAAGAACCUGGGGGAGGGGAACACAAGAAGUAUGAGGUUUCAGAAGUCAUUUUGUUCUUUUCUCUCUUUUUUUUUUUUUUUUUUUUUUUUGGGCCAUACUGUGCAGCAUGUGGGAUGUGGGAUCUUAGCUCCCCAACCAGUCACCAAACCCACACCCCCCGCAUUGGAAGCCCGGAAUCUUAACCACUGGAACACCAAGGAAGUCCUAGUCAUUUUGUUCUUUUCUACUUUUUCGGUUGUUUCUGCCAAUUUAGAAACGGUAUCUUGCAAAGAGGUAAUUUUAGAGUUUUGUGUGUAUUUGGAAGCUUCCAGGUACCAAUAAAAAUAAAUAUACCAUU